AUGGAAGCCCGACCGAGCAGGAUAGAAUGCCCGGAGCCCCCCAAGGAGCCCGAGCCGACGAACCCCGGCCGGGUGUUCGACACCGAGCGCGUCGCGCCGAGGGACGCCACGGAGUCGGCCACGGAGCAGCUCGCGCGCGGCGGCAGCCGCGGCGACGGCGCCGUCGACGAGACGUACGACACCAGGGUCAAGAUCGCGGAGGCGCUGGAGGGGUCGGCCAGGGCCAUCGGGGACAAGCCCGUGGAGCCGUCCGACGCCGCGGCGAUACGCGCGGCGGAGGCGAGCGCCGUCGGCGCCGGCGCGGGCCGCGCGGCCGUCGUCGUCCCAGGCGGGGUCGUCGAGCGGGCGCAGGCCGCGGUGGCGGCCAACGCUCGCCUCGCGCUCGUCGGCGAGGACAAGGUCACCAUGAACGACGUCCUGACGUGGGAGGCGACGAUGAGGCUGCCGACGGGCAAGGCGGUGACGAGCGAGGUCGCGGCGGCAGCUGCGGAGGCGGAAGCGGCGAACGACCCCCGAGGGAAGACGAACCCGCGUGGGGUGAGCGCGGCGCUCGACAUGGCGGCGAAGCACAAUUCUGAACACGCGCAAGCGUCAUGA